UGAGAACAGCUGCUGCAGCCCGAGGCUGAGGCAGCCAGAGGCAGAGGGGCGGCGGGCAGGGUUGGGCGGGGGUCUGGCUGUGCGCUGGGUGCCGCUGGGGAGCAGGCCGGAAGCUUCCAAGCCCAGAAGGAAUUCCCAGCUAGCUUCGGAGCUCGUGCCUCUGGAGCCAGCGUGGUGGCCUUAGACAACAAGAUUGAGCAGGCCAUGGAUCUGGUGAAGAAUCAUCUGAUGUAUGCUGUGAGAGAGGAGGUGGAGAUCCUGAAGGAGCAGAUCCGAGAGCUGGUGGAGAAAAACUCCCAGCUGGAGCGUGAGAACACCCUCUUGAAGACUCUGGCCAGCCCAGAGCAGCUGGAGAAGUUCCAGUCCCGUCUGAGCCCUGAGGAGCCAGCUCCUGAAACCUCACAAUCGCCUGAGGCCCCUGAUGGUUCUGCAGUGUAAGUGGCUCUGCCUCAGGGUGGGCAGAGCCACUAAAAUUGCUCUACCUAGUUCUUCCCAGUUUGUUUUCGGCUCCCCAAGCGUCAUCUCACGUGGAGAACUUUACACCUAGCAUAGCUGGUGCCAAGAGAUGUCCCAAGGACAUGGCCACCUGGGUCCACUCCAGUGACAGACCCCUGACAAAGAGCAGGUCUUUGGAGGCUGAGUUGCAUGGGGCCUCAUCACCCCAAGCCAGUGAGCCUCUAAUGCCACCGUGCCCUUGGGGGCUCCCAGGGCCCGGGCAACUUUGCUGUGACUGGCAAAGGAGAAAGGUAGUUUGACAUGUGAUGCCAGUUUGCUCCUGAAAGUAUAAGGGGGUCUGCUUUUCAUUUCCAUGGACAUCUUUGACAGCUUCACCUGACAACGACUGUUCCUAUGAAGAAGCCACUUGUGUUUGAAGCAGAGGCACCCUCUCUCUUAUCCCCUGCCUCGCCAAAGCAGGGCCAAAGAUGGGAGAGAUUGAGCCAAGUCAGCCUUCUGUCGGUUAAUAUGGUAUAAUGCAUGGCUUUGUGCACAGCCCAGUGUGGGAUUACGGCUUUGGGAUGACUGCCUACAAAGUUCUGUUUGGUUAGUAAUGGCAUAGUUUUUCUAUAUAGCCAUACAUGCGUAUAUAUACCCAUAGGGCUAGAUCUAUAUCUUAGUGUAGUGAUGUAUACAUAUACACAUACACCUACGUUUUGAAGGGCCUAAACAGCUUUGGGAGUAUUGACCAGUUCCUUAUCUCUUAAGGCUAAUUCUUUGACUAUGUUCAUUUACCAAAUUGAUCCAGUUUGUCCUUUAGGUUAAGUAAGACUAAAAAGUAAAAGCAGGGAGUGGGCCAGUCUCUGAAUGCGGCCACAGAUGCCUUGCUGCUGCAAUCUUUGCCGCGUCUGUCCUCUGAAGACGUGUGAGGUCCUCUUUUGAAUGCCAAACCCACCAUUCACUGGUGCUGACUACAUAGAAUGGGGUUGAGAAAAGAUCAGCUGGGACUUCAUAUUGUUAUUCAAAAACUUUUUUAAAUGUUUGUGGAAAACUUUCAAGUGAAGAGAACAGUUGGCUUGCUGGUGUCCUUUCAUGGACAAGGGAUGAACAAGGCAAUGGCUUUGAUGUGAUGGUGCCUAGGUGAUGUGCUCAGGGAGCUUGUCUCUAGGAGGUUCUGUGGCAGUGAAUACUUUCCACUUUCUGACAACUUAUCCUGAUGUAUGUCUCCAGGAUUUGGAUUUUGAUUUCUCAGAUGUAGCUUGAAAUUUCAAUAAACUUUGCUCUUUUUUUUCUAAAAAUAAA